AUGCUUCAUUCUGAAUUUGUUGAAGAUUCCAGUUCAGUCGUCGAGCCAAUAUUCCCGUCACNNAAAAAAUCCGAUGCAUGGGCAGCCGGUGUCAUGUUCUAUGUCUUGUUUUUCGAGAGAUUUCCAUGGAAGAACGAAUUCGAAUAUGAAAAUUUCUGUAAUAGUCCACAUGCAAGAGAUAUUAUUGUCCCACGUGAAGGUGGCUACAAGGCAAUUAUUGAACUUUUAUUGAAAAAAGAUCCAGAAGAGCGUGCUAGCGCCAAAUCAACAUAUUUACAAAUGAAAGGACACCCUUCAUUGAGUAUCAUUAUCAAAAUAUUCCAUGAACAUUUCUGUUCUGUUGACAAUGUAUGUUUUAUGCAAGUACCAAUCGAUCUGCGACAGGAACUCAGUAAACUUCCUCGAUCUGGCCAUCGCAAUCCUGCAGCUAAUCCGCCAGCAUCAACGAUAUUGACUUCAGUUUUCGGUGCACGCCGUCCGUGUAGAUACGGUCGAGCAUGCUACAAUUUUGAACGUGAUCAUCGGAAAGAGUUUGCACAUCCAGGUGAUUCAGAUUAUCGUAUGAGCGGUGGUAAUCAACAGGAUGAAAAACUCAAAUGUCGUUAUGGAGCGGAUUGCUUCAGACACGAUUCCGAGCACCGAAAUAAAUAUGUUCAUCCAGAAGAAAUAGAUCCAGAUCUCUUGAAAAAAGUGAAAUGUCGAUAUGGGAGAGCGUGUUAUGAUAAAACCAUCGAUCAUUUAAGAACAUAUUCACAUCCCGAUGAUUUCAAGAAAGAAAAAUGUCGCUAUGGAAGUCGUUGCUAUAAAACGAAUGAUCAGGAACAUAUGGCAAGAUUCUGGCACUAA